GGCUCAUACUAGAGCAGGCAGAAAGGGGGAGCCCAAAAGAUGCUGAACCCUGCUCUUCCUCCACAAAACAUGGUUUCCACUUGAGCUCAUGAAGGCCCUUAAAUCUGAAAGAAAACUGCUUCUUUGACUCAGGGGAAACAGGAAGUGUCCUAUUCCCAACCAUGAGAAACAGAGCUGAGAAGUUCCCAGGAAUGAGAAAGCUAUAGACUAGAAAUCCUGAAGAAAGUCUACUACAGUCUUCCUAGAAGACUCUGCUGCUGGUUUAAGAACCUUUGUCUGUUUUGUUUUUUCCUUAAAUGUAAUUACCUGCAGCUAAAGGAGCCUGUGGAUGGGCAAAGGUGAAGGCUUAAGAGGCAAGCAAGCCAAACAGGGUAGGAAGUAACUCUGAGGGAAGAAGGAGUAUAUGGCUACUAAAUUAGUUAGGGUAUUGAGGCUGGAGUCUGUAGCGGAGAAAGGUAGUGAUUUUCCUUCAUCUCAGCUGGGCCUCGUACAGAGUGAGUCAACACCCUUACAGACAAGGGGUGGAGGAUCACUUGACUCCUAUUACAAAAAAGCAGGUCUGAAGGGAUUAUUUGUGGAAGGCCUAUGUAUUUUAUGUUUGGACUUUGUCCUUUUCUGGAAAGGCAGGACUCUUACUUUUGGUAGAAGGCCAAACCACAAAACCAACCUGUUGAAGACUAUCUCUAGAAGAACAGACUUGAGGCACAGUGGGGAAACUGAGAUACAACUGUACUGGAGGUAUUGGAGUGGGCCUGGAUGGAUUCUUAGCAUUGGACCAAACCUAGCCCUUGGAGGUUCAUUUGUGUCUGACACUGAAGUCCAUGGAACUUGCCCUCAAAUGCUGUCUGUCUUCUCAGCACUCUUGCUGCUGAGACACUUAGUGCUGACACCUCUGAGGCUAGAAAAGCUGGAACCUUCCCAUUCCGUAUUGCUGGAAUUCUUGGCAAUGGAAUUUACGCCAUCUAUAACUGUUCACAUGACAAGUAAAGGAGAAUUCCCAAAAUAACUUUCCCGUGAACCUGUAAUAGGUGAGUGAACACUUUCCAGUUGCUUCAUGGCUGAAAUAUUUAAGGUAAUAAAUCCCCCAGUCAGUAUGGAAUGCAAAUCUGUACUCUUUAAAUAACUGGAAUAUUCUGAGUGCUAAAGAAACAUGAGCUACAAAGGUAGACUAACAAUAGAUUCACCAAAGGAGGAUAAACAUUGGAUCUGUUGUUAUAGAGCAAAAACCACAUGUGAACCUGUGUUGAAGGUAAUCUUGUUAAUUAUUAAUUCUUUAGAGGAAUUGUUCCAAAUAGUUGACUUAUGCCAGAAAAUGCUGACAUAUUCAGUGACGCCUUUUGGUUUUGUUUGACCACUUGAGUACUGCUUGGUUUACCUAGGGCUGCUUCAAUAUGAGCACUUGAUUUUCCCCCUGCCUUCUCCCCUCCUCAAAUUCGUUUUGUUCAUGUAUCUGUAUUGACGGUCUUUCCUCUGGACAGAUGCUCCCAUUUUUUCUCUUCCCUGAUUAUUGGGCUUGCACACUGUUCCCCUGCAUUUAUUAUAUAGCCCUUGCUGAAGAAAUCAUAAAAUUUAGCAAUUAAUAGCCUUAGCAAUACAAAAAGCCUCAUUCCUGGCUUUCAUGCUAAUAAUGAACACUCAUAAGAAAGAUCUUUUUACACAGUCUUCAAAUGCUUGACUAUAACAUACUGAUAUAUUAGUUACUGCAUUCUGUAUUUUAAGGGUUGAAAAAGUUUCAUUAACCUCUUUAUUCCUCAUUUCACUGAGAUUGGAUGUGCCUCUGUAAUGUCCCUAUAGGAACACUACUCUGAUAUUCAUCUGAUUAAACAGUAGGCCAAGCUAUUCUUUGCUCAUUGUGAGCCUAUUGUGGACACGAAUCCUUAUUCUGGCUCCUAAUGUAAAAACAUACAGUGCACAGGUAAAUAGAGGAUAUUGCCUAGCACAGAGAGAUGCUAAUAAGUAGAGCUAGAGAAAUAUAGCAAAAUUGGUUACUCAUAAACAUUUUGCUUGGAUUUUUUAUGAUCAUGAUUAGACCUGGGUGAUUUUUUAUUAUUAUUAUUUUAUUGUUUUAUUUUUUAGUGAAUAGGUUAUUAGUUGAAAAAUGCAGUUUGGGGCUGAUCAAAGAUAUUUGGAUAUUCUGAUCAAACUUGGCUAAUGAUUUUGGCUGGGAAAAUUUUUUGGAGGAAGGAAGGAUUUCCAAAUGAAGCUUUUUUUUUUUUUUAAUACAAAAUGGUUGACUUUUUUUCAUUUUGAAGCAAUAUUUCAUUUAGAAAUUAGCUAGAUUUAACUAAAACCACCAAAAGGGUAUUUAAAAAUAAAACCCAAAUAAAAUGUUUUGAUCAAACAGCUUUUCAUUUGACCCAAAAGAAUAAAACUAUCUCAGCAAACAUAAGAAAUAUGUCUAUAAAAUAUGUCAAGCAGAUUUGUGUCUGCCUCCCCACCCAGAGCCAUGGCCCUGGCUCCCAGGGAGGCAUGGACUGGGGUAAAGGGGUAGGACCGUGAGAAGUUUGGGGACCACUGCUCUAUAUUUUAAUUUUCUCAUCUAAACCACAGGCUAUUGGACAAGCCUUCUUUGAUGUUUGAUAUUGAUUAAGUGAAAUCUGUAUCCUAAGAGUCAUGCCUUGUUGCGCUUCUUAAAUAAACUCCUUUCAAGAAGACUAAUAAUUAAAUUGCCUUGGCUGUAAUAAAAAAAAAAUCCUGCUCUCCCUUUUUGAUAUAAAAUUUGGCUGUAUGAAGCCCUCAGGCUAUUGUCUUUUAAUCUAGCUUGCUCGUAAGUAUUUGUAAAGAAGUCUCAUUGUAAAAUGACUUUCUGACUGUGUUAGCUUGGCUUUGAAUUCAGAAUGGAUUUACUAAAUUAUUUAUGGACUGAAUAAAGGUUUGUUACAACAGA